AUGGCUUGUGAAAUAUGUCAAAAACCGUAUGUCUUUACAAACGAUGAUAGUUUUGAUGUUGAUGUGAAACCGCAUUUGUGCACUACCUGUGGUAAAAGUUUCUCGUUAAAAAUUCAGCUUAAGAGGCACCUUUUAUCUCAUGUUGCUGGUGCACCUUAUAUUUGUAGGAAUUGUGAAAAUAAUACCGAAAACCGCGAUACUAAAUCUUACAAUUUGAGACUGACUAAAAAGCCUGAUCAUUAUUGUGAUGUAUGUAACAAAUCUUUCUGUACAAAACGGUUGUUAUUGAUACAUUCACAAGAACAUACUGAACAUAUUGAUGAAAACUAUAGUUGUGAUAAAUGUGAAGAAAGAUUUGUUAAUGCUUUUGACUUGAAGAAACACUCAUUAAUUCAUAAGAGUAAAAAAUCUACCAAUAAAGUUGUUAAAGACAGUAAGGUUGAAUUGUAUAAGUGUAAUACAUGUGACAAAAGUUUUGCUAGUGCGCGCCAUUUAGAGAAGCAUUUUGUAAGUCACAACAAGAAACAUGUUUGUGAUGUUUGCAACAAAAGUUUUGUGUAUCCAAAAGCCUUGCAUAAUCAUCAGGUGAAUGGGAAAUGUAAAAAUAACAGUUCUCAAAGUGACUGCAUUAUUAAUUCAAAUGAAUCAAAUGUAAAGAGCUCUAAUUCAGAUGCUUCUCAGUUGGAAAGCCCGAGUUCAAGUGUUUCUGAAUUUAAAAAUCAGUUUGCAUUAGAUUCCAGUAAUUCUGUUACAAAAAGUAUGUCUAAUUCACCUUUAAAUAUUUCAGUAGCCUCUAAAAUUCAGAAUGAUGCAAAUUUAGAUGAAUCUGGAACUGUUGACAGGAAGCAUGUAUGUGAUAUUUGUGGGAAAAGUUUUGCUCGAAAAAGCAGUCUUGAAGGACACGUGAUAAUACAUAUCUCAGAAUCAUUUGAUAGUGCUGGAGAGGAAGAUGUAUCUGAUGAAGAUCAGGUAUGGAAUACCACUGUUGAAACAAAAGGUGUUGGAAUUGAGGAUUAUGAAGGUUAUCCUAAGAAAAUUAAACUUUCGAAAGUUAAAGUAAAUAAGACUUUAGAAUGCAGCAAUUGUGACUUUAUUUGCAAUUCUAAGAGAAAUUUAAAAGAACACAUGCUAGAACAUGAUAGAGUUUCAUCAGUGGAAGAUAUCCAAGAAGAACAUGAUAAAAUUUCAUUAGUGGAAGAUAUCCAGGAAGAACAUGAUAACGUUUCGUCAGUGGAAGAUAUCCAAGAGAAUGACAAGCCAUGUGAGGACACAUUUAAUUCUAAUGAAGGCCUUAAUGAGCAAAUUGAUACUAAAGAUGAAAAAGAAGAAAAGAAAGAUAAGGAACAAAAAAUAUAUACUUGUCAAAUAUGUAAUAAAGUUUAUCAUAGGAAAAAAAGACUUAAAAAGCAUCUUUUAUUACAUGUUGAAGGGGGUAUUGCUGAACACCACUCAACAGCCUCAGAUGAUUCUGAUGUUUCCAUAUCUUCGAAAGGGCGGAGGAAACGCAGGAAGAACUUCGCAUGUGGAGUUUGUGGAAAACGUUUUGCAGGAGAAACGUGCUUGAGGAAGCAUUCUAUGAAGCACACCGAUGAAGAACGUGAGCAUGGUUGUGAAUUGAAAACUUCAAGAAAAAAGAAACCUGUUAAAGUUCUGAUAUGUGAAUACUGCAAUGAGGAAUUUACUGGGAAAAAACUUGCUUUUGAAAGACACAGACAAAUGCACACUCCAGAAGUUUGUGGGAUUUGUGAUGAGAGAUUUGUAGAUCGACCAAGUCUCAGGGAACAUUGUCGUAUCCAUAUUGGUACUGAGGAAGGACGGAGGUUUAUUGAAUGCAGCCAGAAAGCUCUUGAUGCUAAAAAUGGAGUGCUGCCACCAGAACCGAAAGUAGAGUACAUAUAUUUGGUUUUUCGAUAA